AUGUUAUUUCAAAGUAUAGUAUUUUUUCCCUCCCUUUUAACAUGGACAUGGAGGCUAUGCUACGGGGUUAUCUACCAAUAUGCAUCAACCAUCAGUUUAAUACAUGAUAAAGUAAGCAAUACAGACCAUUCAUUUAGUGGCAAAUACAGUAGGUUGUUGCAUGAAAGAAGAAAUGACUCAAGCGAAAGACAGCUAAAAUAUAUAGAUAUGCAAAAAAGAAUACAAGAUUUGUUAGAUGAGAAUAAUUCUGAUUUUACAAAAAGAUUAAAAACCUCAGCUCUCGAUUAUAGAUUCGUAGAACUCUUUAAUGUUAUAACACCUGAUGACGUCCUUAAAAAGCAAUACAGUUGCAUAAUGAAUGAUAAAAGCUUUCAAAAACAUUUUAAUGCAUUGAUGAGUAAAUAUAAUUUUGAAAACAAAUCCUCUAACGCUUUCGGUGAUUACAAAAAGGGUUUUCAAGAAAAUCUUGAUCCAUUCGGUAAUUAUAAUAAUUUGGAAGAAUUUUUUCGUGACUUACAAAAUGUGCGUGACAAUAAAGCAAAGUUAAUUCCUGAAUUCAAACAUAAUAUGCAUAGUACUGAAAAAUUAAAUGAUGAAUUUAAAAGCACUAUUGAUUCACGAAAAAAAACAACUUAUGGAUCCGAAUUAAGUAUCGCCUUAAAGUUACCAAAAAAAAAAGACUUCCGAAAACAUCCAGAGAAGUAUAUGAGUAAAGAUUUAUUUGAAAGGAAAGAUAGAUCAAAGUUGUCUAAACUUCCAAGUACAGGAGAAUUUGAAUUAGAGAUGCAACGUCUUAGAUUUACUGAAUUAUCUAAUUAUGAUGAAUUUUUGCCUCAAGGGAGAGGUAUAUUUAAUAGACUUAUAAAACCUAUAAAGAAAUUUGGAAUAUAUCGUACAAUUAGCCUCUUUCCUCUCAGCAUCUUUGCGAUGUGUACAAUUAUUAGUUUACUCACUUCUGCUACUACCGUUCUAGCUCCAAUAUUUGUCGGACUUAUAUUACUUAUUUUAAGCGCACGUAAAAAAUGGAAUUAA